ACACCAACCUAAUCAGAUCCCCCAAGAGAUGUCGAGCAAGACCAUCAUUGUCACCGGUGCCUCGAGAGGCAUCGGCCUCGCCAUUGCGAAGUACCUCCUCACUGCGCCGCAAUCGCACAAUGUCGUCGUGAUCGCCCGUAGCGUGGAGCCCCUUCAGAAGCUCAAGGAUCAGUAUUCCCAGCAAGUCGCGGUCCUGAACGGCGACCUGUCCGACUUCUCCCUCGCACAAAAGUCAGUCGACCUGGCGCUCAAGACCUUUGGCCGUCUGGACGGCAUGGUCCUCAACCACGGCAUCCUCGGACAAGUCGGCAAGGUUGCGGAAGCCGACCCGGAACAGUGGAAGCAGGGAUUCGACGUUAACUUCAUGAGCUUGGUCGCAUUUGUCAAGGCCGGGCUUCCAGCAUUGCGGGAAUCUAAGGGCAAGGUCAUUUUCACCUCGUCGGGUGCCGCAGUGUCCGCCUACAGGGGAUGGGGUCUCUACGGUGCUACCAAGGCCGCCAUGAACCAUCUUGCCCUGACCUUGGGCGAGGAGGAACCCGAUGUCACCAGCAUUUCCAUCCGUCCCGGGAUGGUCGACACCGAGAUGCAGCGCCAAUUGCGCGAGGACCAUGCUACGACACUGGAGCCUCAGGUGCACGCCAAGUUCACAGGAGCCUACGAGAGCGGCAAGCUGCUCAAGGUGGAGCAACCAAGCCAUGUCAUAGCCAAGCUGGUGCUGGAUGCCCCGAACUCGUUGACCGGGAAAUUCUUGAACUGGAACGACGCCCUCCUGGAGAAUUUCCAGGAAUAGAUCUACACUCGAAUCCUGCGUCCACUUUAGAAAGCCAGUUAGCAUAUACUACUAUCAAAGAAAUUCAUAAAACAAAAAUCAAGAUAGAGUUGUUUUGAU